CGAGAUAUGUCUAUGUGGUUAACAAUCAUGUGAUCCUGCCUGUCAGCUGACACGGAAGUAAAAGUCACACUUAUUCAUUGAGCCGCUCUCGCUCGGAAUAGUUUAUUCCGGCGAUCUCCGCCUAAAAGUAGCUUUUAUCGAUAUUUGUUUAAUUGUUUGAAUGCUGUUGCGUGUGUCCCUUUAAGAUGAAUCCUCGCGUGGCCGCGCUCAUCAUUGUGCUCCUCUGCGCGCUCUCCACCGGCGCCGCGCAACACCUGGACACAGAACGGCUGUCAGACGGUCCGCGCGCGUCCGCGGAGCUUCAGCGAGAAUCCAACAGCACCAACUCGUCUGAUCUGACUUACGGAUUCAUAUCCUGCGCCGUAGCAGUGGUCUUCUUCGGGAGCAACUUCGUACCAGUGAAGAAGAUAGAGACUGGUGAUGGCAUGUUUUUCCAGUGGAUUCUGUGCGCAGCUAUAUGGACGGUCUCUCUAGUGGUGAACAUCAUUCUACAUAGUCCAAAGUUUUGGCCUCUUGUUAUGCUGGGAGGAGCAAUCUGGGCUACUGGUAAUAUAACUGUAGUUCCUAUCGUAAAGACUAUUGGGCUUGGUCUUGGUCUUCUCAUAUGGGCUUCGUUUAAUCUGCUUUUAGGUUGGGCCAGCUCACGGUUUGGUUGGUUUGGUAUUGGUGCUGAGAGUGUUUCCAAACCAGUUCUGAACUCCUGUGGAGCAGGUCUUUGUUUACUUAGUGCCAUAGUUUUUUUCUUUGUGAAGACUGAUGUUCAAAGAUCUGCAACAUCUGAAGAAACACCAUUACUAAUAGACCAUGCUGUGAACUCUGAAUCUGUGGUGGCAACAGAUGAUUCCUGGGUGGAUGCAUUAACACCACGCACCAAACGUCUUGUUGGAUCGUUUCUGGCUGUUGUCGCUGGACUGCUGUACGGAACGUCAUUUGUUCCAGUUCUGUACAUUAAAAACCAUGCCUCAGAUCCAGACAGCCAGUACAGUGGGGCAAGCCAGUUUGAUCUGGAUUACGUCUUUGCACAAUAUAGUGGGAUUUUCCUCACUAGUACAGUGUAUUUCGUCCUGUACUGUGCCAUCAAAAAAAACAAACCUCAAGUUUUUCCUAAAGCAGUGCUGCCAGGAUUCCUUUCUGGUAUCAUGUGGGGUGUAGCCACGUGCUGCUGGUUCCUGGCCAACAAUUACCUCAGUGCUGUAGUGAGCUUCCCUAUCAUCACCACAGUUCCUGGAUUGAUUGCAGCUCUUUGGGGUGUUGUAGUGUUCAAAGAAGUGAAGGGUUGGCGAAAUUACAUUGUCCUCAUCGUUGCUUUCUGUCUUGUUCUAUCUGGGGCAUUACUGACUGCAUUUUCAAAGAUUUAAACCUAUUUUUAGACAACAGCAAGAAAUGUGAAGAACAAAACUUAGGCUGAGUUAUUUAACACUUUUAAGUUUUUCUUUAAAAUCACUUCUGCUGUUUUAAAUAUUUUAAAUACUGCCAAUGAGAGAUUUAUCAUGCAGCUGAACAUACUGAAGUGAAAAUAUAUAGUUUAUAUCAGGGAGGGAAAUGGUCCUAAAAUAGAUAAGAUACUUGAAAUGUUCUAGCAAUAUUAGCACAGAUUUUAUGUUAAUGUUACUGGGAACACAAUUCACUAUGUUUGUGUUGUAUUUGCAGUAACAUACUUUUUAAAAGUCAUGUUUACACUCUAAUGGACCUCAUUUCACUGUAUGUUUGCACAUGUAAUGUUUGUUUAUAUAUAUAUAAUGCAUAAAGACAAUGAAGCCUAUUUUAAAACCAUUUAAAACUAAUUUUAAAAAAAGUUUUUGCAUGACAUUUUUUUUGCACAUUUUACAAUUUGAUUUCUUUAAGUUUUUGUAUUUCCAAUUAUUCCUAAUGGUGAUUCUCGGUACUGUAAUACAGUAUUUUUUUAUUUUACUGUAUAUUACAAUUAAAUCCUGCAGUGCAGUGAUUAUAAAUAUUUACUUUUUCAUGUACAGUAGUACAUUUGCAAUGAUAUUGCAUUACAAUAAAUAUCAUGUAAAUAUACUAUAUUACAAAACAAAUAAAUGUUGUGAAUGUCACCAUGCAAAAAAGUUCAUGGUUUUAAGAGUAGGCUUUGUUUUAUUGUAUAUAAUCUCUUAAGUAUGUUAUGUAACUUCCUUUUUUCCUUUCUUUUGAUUUUGUAAUGGAAGUCAUGAUUUUUUUUGUCAUUUUUGUGUGUUCUUUAGAAGUUUCACCCAUUUAUUGAUCAGUGGAUUGCUGAUGGGUUUUUAUUGUUGCCAAAUUGUGUCAGAGGCCUUAGAUUUUAUUUGUUGAUUUUUAACUUUACUAAAAGGGAAAUGAAAUUACAAAUGCAAAGUUAAUGGAUCUGUGGGUAGCUGGAAAAUAAUUGAAAACUGUUGAUACAGCAUGUUAUAAAGGAAGAUAAAAGCACUGAAUAGAAAAAAAUAAAAUAAAAGUAAUGUAAGGGAGAUACAGUGCUGGACUGCCAUGCCAGGAGAUAAAGGAAGACCAAAUCUGAAUGUACUAAUGUUUAACAAAACGUGUUUUAAUAAAAUAUGCAUAAUGUG